CGCCACAGGCAUUCACGCCGUUGCGUUUGCAUUUACCGUGUGACAAGUGUAUAUUAUUUUCACGUGCGGAAUUUUUGUGCCGCUGAAUUAAGAGUAUCGAAGAAUUAUUCGCAAUGUCAUCAGAUUCAGAGUACAAUUCAUCCGACGAAGAGCUGCAAGAGGCGUUUACGAAAGGCUUGCUGAAGCCGGGUCUCAAUGUCGCGAUCGAAAAGAAGCAGCCCAAGAAUUAUGUCAAUCUCAUGAAGCAAAAAUUGAGUGAGAUAAAGCUGGAUUUGCCAUGGAUCGAGAGGCUGGACAUGGUAAACGCACCAGCACCGUUAGCACCAGAGCUAGCACUGCAGAUGCAGGAACAAGAAGUGAGACGCGCCAAGCAACUGAAGGGGAACCAAAAGCUGCCUCAGUACGAACCGUCUCAGGAUCCUGUUCUGAACGAUUUUCGCAGGGAGACCAUGUUUCACCGUCAGGCUCAAGGAGCCGUUAUGGAUGGUAUAGCUAGAUUGAAGAAAUUGGGAGUACUGACGCUCAGGCCAGACGACUACUUUGCAGAGAUGGCAAAGACUGACGAACACAUGCAGAAGGUAAGGGAUAAUUUGAUGAAGAAGCAAGUAAUCAUACAGAGAUCGGAAAAAGUCAGGCAACUGAGGCAGCAGAGGAAGAUAGGCAAGCAGAUGCAGGUUGAAGCUACAUUGAAGAAGCAAGCCGAGAAGAAGAAGAUGCUCGAAGAGGUUAAGAAGUAUCGCAAGGGUGUGCGGCAGGAUCUCGAUUUUCUGGAGGACAAGAAGAAACCGCAGCAGAAACAGCCGAAUCGUAAGAACAACCUGAAGGUGCAACUGAAGGGGAAAAUGAAAGAUGCUAAGUACGGUUUCGGAGGUAAGAAACGUGGCAGCAAGAGAAACACGAAGAGCAGCUCCGCCGAUAUUUCGGAGUACAAACGGCCGCAGAAACCUGGAAAACGAGGGACGAAGGGGAAAGGCGGAAAUCAAAGAUUGGGAAAGAGUCGAAGGAUGCAAAUGAAAGGGAAGAGAAAGCAGUGAAAGUUUGUUUUGUACUUGCGAUAAACUCGAUUUUCUCAGGUGACUGUAUAUACCAAGAUUGAAGAGAACACGGUGAUUGAACUCUUGAUUAAUAAACCGUUGAUAUAAAAUGUU